CGUGGACCCAAUGUAGCAAGAGAUUGGAUGCCACACGGAAACUUGAAUCGUAUUGAACUGGUAAUUUAACGAUAUCCAAAGCCACCGCAACGAACCCACCAAUCCCGGCGAGCGGUGGUUCGUCGCCUUCCGCCACCGGCAUCCUUCGUCAUCACACGCUAAAUUACAAAAACACCCUUCUAAUAAAGUAAUGCAAACGGCAUGCUUAUUUAAAGGACCAUACGUGUCAAAAUACCAAUCAUUUUCUCCGCCGUUUCUCUCUCCUCCUCAUCGUGGAGUACUCAUCACGCCCAAAAGUAGACCCAGAAACACUACCACCAGUGGGAAGAGUUUUGUAAUUAGGGCAAUGCCUGAUUCUUCUUCUUCUUCGCCUGAAAUCGAUAACAAUGGCGCUUUGCGUAAGUUCAAACUGAACGAGUCAUCGUUUUUGGCUUCUCUCAUGCCGAAGAAAGAAAUCGGAGCCGACCGAUUCAUCGAAGCACAUCCGGAGUUCGACGGCCGUGGUGUUGUUAUUGCUAUAUUUGAUUCUGGUGUUGAUCCAGCUGCUGCUGGAUUACAGGUUACCUCAGAUGGGAAGCCAAAAGUUAUAGAUGUUAUUGAUUGUACUGGGAGUGGUGAUAUUGAUACAUCAACCGUUGUCAAGGCCGAUGCAAAUAAUUGCAUUCGUGGAGCAUCAGGGGCAUCUCUCAUUAUAAAUCCUUCUUGGAGUAAUCCUUCUGGAGACUGGCAUGUGGGAUAUAAACUAGUGUAUGAGCUUCUUACAGACACCCUCAUUACUCGUUUGAAGAAAGAAAGAAAGAAAAAAUGGGAUGAAAAGAAUCAAGAAACAAUAGCCGUAGCUGUGAAGCAACUUGAAGAGUUUGAAAAGAAGCAAACAAAAGUUGAUGAGUUGAUUUCAAAAAGGACUCGUGAAGACCUACAAGAUAGAGUUGAUUAUUUAAAGAAACAAUCAGAUAGCUAUGAAGACAAGGGCCCUGUUAUUGAUGCUGUUGUAUGGCAUGAUGGAAAAGUCUGGAGGGUUGCCCUUGACACACAAAGUCUCGAGGAUGAUCCAAAAUGUGGAAAACUUGCUGAUUUUGUCCCCCUAACCAAUUUUAAGAUUGAACGAAAGUACGGUGUAUUUAGCAAAUUAGACGCGUGUACUUUCGUGACCAAUGUUUACAAUGAAGGUAAUAUUUUGAGUAUAGUUACUGAUAGCUCGCCACAUGGCACUCAUGUAGCUGGCAUUGCAACCGCUUUCCAUCCACAGGAGCCAUUGUUGAAUGGAGUUGCCCCUGGAGCACAAGUAGUUUCAUGUAAAAUUGGAGACUCAAGAUUAGGUUCAAUGGAAACUGGAACUGGAUUAACACGUGCACUAAUUGCUGUUGUGGAACAUAAAUGUGAUCUUAUCAACAUGAGUUAUGGAGAGUCAACAAUGUUCCCAAAUUACGGGAGGUUUGUUGAGCUUGUUGAUGAGGUGGUGAAUAAGUACCGUGUAGUGUUUGUUAGCAGUGCUGGCAACAACGGGCCCGCACUGACAACCGUAGGUGCCCCUGGUGGGACCUCUACCAGUAUUAUAGGAGUUGGUGCUUAUGUGUCUCCUGCAAUGGCUGCUGGUGCGCAUGCUUUAGUUGAAGCUCCUCCUGAAGGGCUUGAGUACACAUGGUCUAGUCGUGGGCCCACUGCUGACGGGGAUUUAGGUGUGUAUGUGAGUGCUCCUGGUGGGGCUGUGGCCCCUGUGCCUACGUGGACUCUUCAAAGGCGUAUGCUUAUGAAUGGUACUUCCAUGUCUUCUCCUUGUGCAUGUGGUGGAGUUGCUCUUGUCAUCAGUGCCAUGAAGGCUGAAGGGAUUCGUGUGAGUCCGUAUAGUGUGAGGAAGGCUCUUGAGAAUACUUGUGCUCCGAUUGGUUGUUUGCCAGAAGAUAAACUAUCAAAUGGAGAAGGCCUUAUUCAAAUUGACAAGGCUUUUGAGUAUGCUAAAAAAGCAGCUGACUUGCCAUGCGUUUGGUAUAAGAUAACCAUUACUCAGGCAGGAAAAACAACAUCAACAUUGCGAGGCAUAUACCUAAGAGAGGCUAGCUAUUGCCAUCAGUCUACUGAGUGGACAGUGCAAGUUGAACCACAAUUCCAUGAAGGUGCAAGUAAUUUGGAACAAUUGGUUCCAUUUGAAGAGUGCAUUGAGUUACAUUCUACUGGAAAGGACAAGGAUGUGGUGAAGGCUCCAGAGUUUCUUCUUCUCACUUAUAAUGGUCGCAGCUUCAAUGUGGUUGUAGACCCUACAAAGCUUAGUGAUGGUUUACAUUAUUUUGAAGUGUACGGGAUAGACUGUAAAGCCCCAUGGCGGGGUCCACUUUUCCGUAUUCCAAUCACCAUCACAAAGCCAAAAAUUGUAACAGCUCGGCCUCCAUUAAUUACAUUUCCUGGAUUAUCUUUCCAGCCAGGCCAUAUUGUGCGCAAAUACAUCGAGGUCCCAUAUGGCGCCACCUGGGUGGAAGCAACCAUGCGUACAUCAGGGUUUGACACUUCUAGAAGAUUCUACAUAGACGUUGUGCAGCUCUCUCCACUAAGAAGGCCUAUAAAAUGGGAAAGUGUUGCAAUAUUCUCAUCUCCAUCCACAAAGAGUUUCACCUUUUCUGUAGAAGCUGGUCGGACAAUGGAGUUAGCAAUUGCUCAGUUCUGGUCAAGCGGAAUCGGAAGUCAAGAAACUGCUGUUGUGGAAUUUGAGAUUGCAUUCCAUGGUAUAAAUCUUAGCAGAAGUGAAGUAGUUCUUGAUGGAAGUGAAGCGCCUGUUAGAAUCGAAGCACAAGCUCUGUUAUCAUCUGAGAAACUUAUUCCAAUCGCAAAGCUAAACAAGAUUAGGGUUCCUUAUCGGCCUGUUGAUGCAAAAAUGAGUGCUCUUUCAGCAGAUAGAGAUAGAUUACCCAAUGGGAAACAGAUACUUGCAUUGACUUUGACUUAUAAGUUCAAGUUGGAAGAAGGAGCUGAUGUGAAACCACAGAUACCUUUACUUAACAACCGUAUCUAUGAUAACAAGUUUGAAUCACAGUUUUAUAUGAUUUCAGAUUCUAACAAGCGUGUGUACGCCAUGGGUGAUGUGUACCCGGAGUCGGCAAAACUGCCCAAGGGUGAAUACAGUUUGCAAUUGCACUUGAGGCAUGAGAAUGUGCAGUACUUGGAGAAAUUGAAGCAAUUAGUGUUGUUCAUUGAGAGAAAAUUGGACAAGGAGGCUGUGCAAUUGAGCUUUUAUACACAACCAGAUGGUCCAGUCAUGGGUAGUGGCAGCUUCAAGUCGUCGACUUUAGACCCUGGGUUUGUUUGUUUGUUAACCCAUGACUCUAUGUUUUCCUUUCCUUCUCUACAAAUUUCCCAUGUUAUAUAUAUAUAUAUAUAUAUAUAUAUAUAUAUAUAUAUAUAUAUAUAUAUAUAUAUAUAUAUAUAUAUAUAUAUAUAUAUAUGGGGUUUAUGUUGUAGGUCAAAAGAAGCAUUUUAUGUAGGGCCUCCGACUAAGGACAAGAUUCCAAAGAACUCUGGGGAAGGAUCUGUACUGGUUGGUGCAAUUUCAUAUGGAAAGCCUUCAGCUGAGGUUACAGACCAAGGAAAUGACCCUGAAAAGAAUCCUGUAUCAUAUCAGAUAUCUUAUCAAGUUCCCCCAACUAAGGUUGAUGAGGAUAAGGGAAAGAGUUCUAAUUCUAGCAAGGCAUCAACAAAAAGUGUCUCGGACCGUUUAGAGGAAGAGGUGCGUGACACGAAGAUAAAGGUUCUUGGAAGUCUGAAACAAGGUACAGAAGAUGAACGGGCAGAAUGGAAAAAGUUAUCCGUGUCACUCAAGGCGGAGUAUCCAAAAUAUACUCCAUUACUGGCGAAAAUAUUGGAGGGAUUGGUUUCCCAAGAAGUGGAAGAUAAAAUACAUCAUUAUGAAGAGAUAAUUGGUGCAGCGAAUGAAGUAGUUGAGAGUAUUGACAGAGAUGAAUUGGCACGAUUGCUUUCCAUGAAAGGUGACCCUGAAGAGGAAGAAUUUGAGAAAACGAGGAAGAAGAUGGAGAGUCGAGUUGAACAGCUGGUUGAAGCACUGUACCAGAAAGGUUUAGCUUUAGUGGAACUUGCAUCCCUCAAGCAGGGUGAGAUGGCGGCUUUGGCUGCAAACUUAGGUGCAGAAGUCGUGGACAAGCCUACUACUACUACUACGACUACUGAUGGAGAUCUGUUUGAAGAGACUUUUAAAGAGUUGCAGAAAUGGGCGGACAAAAAAUCACCUAAAUAUAAAACCCUUGUCAUAAUACGGGAAAGGCAUAGUGGAAGGCUUGGCACUGCACUCAAGGUGAUUGGUGAGAUGAUGGAAGAAGAAGGUGAUCCCCCGCAAAAGAAGGUUUAUGAAGAAAGAAUAUGUUUGCUUGAUGAGAUUGGGUGGGGCCAUCUCGUGACAUACGAGAAACAAUGGAUGCUCGUUCGCUUCCCACCAAACUUACCCCUUUUCUAAUUCUACCCUCCUCUCUCCUCUCUCCACUACUACUACUACUAUUAGUAGAUGAUGAUGAUGAUGAUAUAUGUGCUUGCCAACUUUCUUUCAUACGAAUUUGACAAUUUAAUAAAUAAAUGCAUGCGCAUAUGUAUA